AUGCAGACAACCACCAGUCUCGCAGCCGAUACAGACCACUUCCUUACUCAAAAUUAUGGAUUAGCAGCGGAUUUCCAGCCCCCACAGGACAAGAAUACUCUGAUGUUCAGAACGCCUGCUAGACUAUCCUGGCCACAACUCACAAUCUCCUCGGUACACCAACGGGACUGGAAGGUCAAGUCCUGUUUCCACAGAGAACGUCGAUUCCCUGGACAGAUGCUGGCGACAAUAACUCCAUUAGAUUUAUGGCCUGAAGCGACACUUGAUCUAUCGAAUACAACGCUCAGAGUGCUGUCGAACCCGCUAGUCAUCGUUUAUGACGGGCUUACUUUUGUCAUAAUGGACGACGGAAUGGUAUACGGUCUUUGCCACCCAGAUUUACGCGACACAAAUUCUAUCGCCGUGCCGCUACAUGACUUACUCCUUAUAUUUGCGAAGCCCAUGGGAAAAGCAAAGGUCCUUUCGCCAUUUCAAACAACAGUGAUGGCCGUUCUUUGGACCGUUAUCGAGUUCGAACAAUGGAGAGCAUCUCAAAGGUCUGUUUAUUUACACCUUGAAGGCUACGGGACCUACCUUCAGCUUUUGUUCAGCCUUUCCCCCGAGUAUGAGAUGAAAUUUCGAGUCAACGUCGAUAGGAGCGGAAAACCUGCACUCCUCGGUUAUGGCGAGGUUGAUGGGAUUAUCGAGAAUUUCUUGGUUUCAAAACGCCCUAGGCCAGAGGCUGCUUCUGGAGAGUGCUGCAAAAGAGGAAAACUUGACAUCUCCAACGGAGGACGACAAUCCUGUCUGAAUAGCUUGUCCUCAACUCCAGCCAUUGAAACCGCCAGUCCUAUACAAGACGCACCCUAUCCUCUCGGAGAUCUAAAAGAACGACUCAAUUGUUUGAGUCUUCAAGAGCUCUGUGACCACAAAGGAGGCGAUGAUUCAGAAGCUCAAUUGGCAGUAGAUCUAUACAGGCUCGUCUCCGAAGCGCUCCAUGGCAACCCGGUAGCAUCCAGCUUGCCAGGAGGAGAAUCCAUGCGAUCGUUGAUGAUUGGUCUAGCUCCUGAACCGUGGGUUCUGGAUGCGUUGAAGGCUCAGCCCAGCAUCGCCGUGGAGUACAUGCGGUUUACUGGUACGGUCGAAUGCGAUGUCAGAUGGGACAAGCUACCGAAAUACGAUUUGAUCAUAUUGUUGGACGCUGAACGAUGGCUGGGUCAGCCGUCUGAGUUCAUCAUGGGAGCAAAUCGACAACUAAAUCCAGGUGGCAUACUUGAGAUCCGUGGGCUAGGAAUGGCUUGUUUCACGAUCGGCUCGGCGAUGAAGCUGACUGUGAAUAUAAUGGGGACUUCUAGGUCCGACGACGACCUAUCUCGGACGGCACAUAGCUGGAAGAAAGCCCUCGAUACCGCUGGCAGCGAAGCUACCCUCACUCAAUUCGAGCUCAUAUUGAAACACAAAGAGGUGUAUCCGGGGGCAAAGAGCUGGCACGAUACGGAGAGCCUGGAACUGUUUUGCCGUUAUGUGGAGCUUUCACAGAACUUUGAUGAGGGCAGACAGAUACUACAGCGUGACGAUGUUCAUGGCUCAGUCAUGCACUUUGUUAUCAGAGGCAAAGCUAGGGUUCCUAUGGCUGACCAUACCGCCGCCGCCUCGACCCCUACUCUCGUCGGUACUUAG